AUGCAUUCACUUCCCAGUCCACCCACCUCGGUGUCCGACUCGCGCUGGAAACCAGCUAUCGCAACCGUCAGCCUGGGUACCGCGUCACUACAUCCCAUCACGGCCAAAAUUGAUGCUGCUUCUCGAAACGGUCAACAGGGACUGGAGUUAUUCCAUGAUGAUCUCGCAGAGUUGGCCAAAGCCUUGCGUUCCCAGGCUCAUCGCUCGACGACUCGCUCCGAUCGCGAGUAUGAACGAGAUGCGGCUCAUGUCAUUCGGGAUCUCUGUGCCGAGAGAGACUUGCGUAUCCUUGCGCUCCAACCUUUCCGUCAUUACGAAGGCUUGAUAGACCCCAAUCACCACAAGGAGCGGCUCGAUGAACUCCAGCACUGGGUUGAGCUGGCGCAAAUCUUGGGCAACUCGCUUUUCAUUCUGAUUCCGUCCUCUUUUCUGGACCCCUCGGAAAUCACAGGCAACCGAGACCGGAUUGUGGCGGACUUGGCCCAAGCAGCCGAUCUGGCAUUCCCCGUGCGUAUUGCCUACGAGGCCCUGGCUUGGGGAACAUAUAUCAAUACCUGGGAAGAUUCUUGGGACAUUGUGCGGCGGGCCAACCGGCCGAAUCUAGGCAUCUGCCUGGAUACCUUCAACAUUGCGGCCCGGUUGUGGGCCGAUCCCAUCAGCCCAACCGGGCGUUUGCCAGCCAAAGCCGACCAGGAUCUGCAGGCAUCGAUGGAUCGACUCGUCCGGGAAAUCGACCCGGACCGAGUGAUGAUGAUCCAGCUGGCCGACGGCGAGCGAGUCGACCCCCGGUCCCCCUUUCUUUACACACCAGGUCUUCCCACGUUGCUGACUUGGUCGAGGAAUGCCCGGUUGUUUCCGUGUGAGGAGGAGCGAGGGGGCUACCUUCCAAUCCGCGAGGUGGCAGACGCCUGUCUCAAUGGUCUUGCCUACACCGGUUGGGUUAGCAUGGAAGUGUUCUCGCGAACCACCGGAGAAGAUGACCCCCAGGUUCCCAGUGAGCAUGCCGCUCGAGCCAAUCGAUCCUGGCACCGGAUCUUGGAAUUCUUGGAAGGGAAGCCAGAGGUGAAGCUGAUUACUUAG